CUAACGAAAAACGACAAACGAUUUCAGCAACAGCAGCUGACUGAUAGCGUUUUAGUGAUAGCAAUUAAUAUUAAUAUUUCUUGUCAAAAUGUUAAUUAUUGGACUCUAUGACUAGAUUAUGAAAUUGUUCAAAGUGCCUUUCAAUUACAUUCAUCUCUGAAGGUCUCUUUUGUUUAUUUUAAACAUUCUUCAUCAUGCUAAAUAGACUGAAGAGCGAGAGGAGCGAAAUCCGCUAUCGUGCCAAGUUGCGACAUGAGAGUCUGCUGCCCAAGCACUACCCCGACCAAAAACAUGCCUUCCGCACCCUCCUCCCCGCUUCCACCCUCUGCUAUCUCUCCAUCCUUGUCUCUUUUGUGCUCAUCUUUGUUAUCAUCGAACAACUCGAGAAACAACUUCCUCCUCCACUCAUGGUCAAGGACGAACCCGCCAAUCCGCACCGUUUUAUCGCCGAGCGCGCCAAGAAUCACGUGGUGAACCUGACCAGUCUGGGACCGCGACCGACCGGAAGCUUCGAGAACGAGGUGUUAGCCGUCAACUUCCUGUCCAAGGAAAUCAAUUACAUAAUUUCGCGCGCCAAAAAGGUGCACCGUAUCGUAUUGGACGUGCAGAAGGUGAGCGGCUCUUUUCCGCUGAGCUUCCUCGAUGGAAUGACCAGCGUGUACAGGAAUGUGCAGAACGUUGUGGUCAGGAUCAGCGGCGUACAGGAAUCUGCGCACAGUCUGCUCAUCAACUGCCAUUUUGAUACGGUCACCGACAGUCCUGGCGGCAGCGAUGACGGAGCCAGUUGCGCCGUGAUGCUGGAAAUACUGCGCGUGAUGUCGCAGCGUGACGCCGCACUGCCUCACAACGUGGUGCUGCUGUUCAACGGUGCCGAGGAGAACUUGUUGCAGGCGUCGCACGGCUUCAUCACGCAGCACCGCUGGGCGAGCGAAGUGCGCGCCUUCGUCAACCUGGAGUCGUGUGGUGCGGGCGGAAGGGAGAUACUAUUCCAGGCCGGGCCUGAGCAUCCGUGGCUCAUGCAGGCUUAUGCAGAAACAGUGCCUUAUCCUCUUGCCUCAUCCUUGGCGCAAGAAGUAUUCGAGAGUGGAAUUAUUCCCGGAGACACUGACUUCAGGAUAUUCCGCGACUUUGGCCAUAUAUCUGGCCUGGACUUUGCAUGGGUCACCAAUGGCUACGUGUACCAUACCCGACUGGACAACGCAGCCCAGAUCCCUCUUGGCACUCUGCAGCGAACGGGUGAUAACAUCCUGUCGUUGACCUUGAAGCUGGCCUCAGCUGAUCAGCUGGUGCCCUCCAGCAGCCAAUCAGCUGCAGCUGGCAAGAUCAUCUUCUUCGACGUGAUUGGCGCCUUCAUCGUCUACUGGUCUGAACUGGUCGGCAAUCUGCUCAACAUUGCUGUACUAGCAUUCAGCAUCUACACCCUCAACUUCAACAUUAACAAGUCUGUCUCAGAAGACAUAGUGAAGCAACUUUACAUGAGGCAGAUGUUCCUUUGCACGGGUGUGAUAGUGUGUGGCUGGGUGCUGUCGCUGCUUACCUGCGGUCUGACCGCGUUUUCGCUGACCAUGCUGAAUCGCGCUAUGAGCUGGUUCGCGCGACCUGUCUGGAUAUUCUUCCUCUACAUCAUUCCCUCUUUUUUGGUGCCUCUGUUGGUCACACUGCUGGCGGCAAGAAGGCAGAGACUGGUAAUUAGGUCACCGUGGACUCUCUUCAGAUUGUACUGCGACGCCAACCAGAUCCUGUACACUACUAUGACUCUCAUCUGCCUGCUGUUCAGAAUCAGGUCUGGCUUCAUCCCGGCCAUGUGGCUGUUCUUCAGCUGUAUCAGCAGCGUGCUACGCGAACGCAUCUUCGCUCAUUGGAAAGACUGGAGAAUACUGGUGCUAUACGUUGGCUGCCUGGUGCUUCCCUACAUCGAAUGUGCCUACAUCAUAAAUGGCUCACUGCAACUCAUCAUCCCCAUAAUGGGCCGGUCGGGCUCAGGCAAUCAUGCCGAAAUCGUGCUCGGAAUGAUAUCCUCUGCUAUGUUUACUCUGCUGCUCAGUUUCCUGGUGCCUGGUAUACUGCUAGUCCAAAUCCCAAAACGAGUGGUGAGUUUCCUGAGCGCCAUUUUCUUCAUAGCCAUCUUGGUGUUGAUCUUGACUCCGCUCGGAUUCCCCUACUCGUCCGAUCCGGCGGCUCCGGCUCCGCAAAGGCAUAUGAUACUGCACGUGGAGCGGACGUUCCAUGGGGUGGGUGGGGAGGUGGAGGAGCAACGCGCUGGCUUCUGGGUGAUCAACCUGGAUGUGAACUCGCCUCGUUCGGUCAGCUCACUGGUGCCCGAGAUGGCGCGUGCGCAAGUAAUCGACGAGGACUGCGACAAGCGACUCUACUGCGGUCUGCCCUACAUCAUACCUGUCAUGACGUUCAUAUGGCAAACGCAUUGGAUACCAGGUCCUUCGCCGAUUAUUUCUAUACCGACUGAACUAACUUUACUCCAAAGAGAGGUUAGGCCUCAAAAUAUCCAUAGGUUGACAUUCGAAGCUGUGGGUCCAGACCACAUGACCCUGCUGGUGUCACCACGCGAUGGCAUGGAGCUGGUUGGCUGGAGCGUGGAUGCAUCCAAGCCACUCGCCGGCCCCAAGUGGCACGGACGCAACACAUACUUUGUCUACUACUCGUGUGCCAGCGACCCCCGAGCCCUGGCGAUUCUACAUCGAUUUCAAGGUGCCCGCCGACAAACAAGGCAGUCUGGUAGACGUGGCACUGUGCGGCCAUUUUAUACACGGCGCCCACCAGACGUCCGUGCGACUGCGCAGAUUUCUCGCGCAGUUUCCGCCCUGGACGGUCACUUCCGGUUGGACGGCCUCCUACAAGUCCUACGUCUUUUGACCCAACUCACAGUACAGCUGUGCUCCCAGAACGUACCAUUUGUCCCACCUAUAUCUCUGUCUACUCAUCGUUUUCGUGAGCAUCAUCAACCAAACUAAAGACUCGAUUAUUUAUGUUGAUAUAUUGUUCGUUCUAUGACGUAUCUUAUAAAAUUUGUUGAGUUAAUGUGGAACUUGAACCAUGAUUGAAAAAAUGUUUUUUUUUAAUAUAAACACGUUUUUUCAGCUGGUUUAUAUUUUUCUCAUAUAUUUAUAUCAAAAUCUACUCGUCAUUGUUGUAAGCAUCGUCAACCAAACUGAAGACUCGAUUAUUUAUGUUGAUAUUAUAUUACUCGUUCUAUGACGGUUCUAGUAAAAUGUGUUGAAUAUUUUUUGAUGUGGUACUCCCG